GAAAAUUGAUAGUACUAUAUUUGAUUAAUUUAAAAUCAGUUUGAAUAAUUUUGUCAUGUUAUUUCCAUUACUUAAUAUUUUAAUGUAUUUGUCAUGUAAUAUUACGACUAAUUGUUAAAAUAGUUUCUUUUUCUAUUGUUGAAUUAAUUAAAUAAAUUGAGACGAUAGGUCUUAAUUUCACUGAAUUCACAAUGUCCAACAUAGAUUUUGAAAAUAUUCGAAGGUAUCAUUCAGUUGAAUGUGCUUUCUGUGGAUUUUUAUUUCGAAAUAAAAUAAGCCUUAAGAAUCAUUUGGAUUCCAUGCAUAAUGGAAACAUUAAAGUAUCCAACUUUAAGACAAAAAGACCUAGAAAAUGUAGUGUAUUACAUUGUUUAGAACAUGGAUGUACUUGUAAAUUUUACAAUAAACAACUGUUCAUAAGUCAUUUAAAAUUUGACCAUAAUAUUGAGUUUAAUAUACAAUAUUUAAAUUUCACUUCAAUAAAUGAUUUUUUAACAUGGAAAGAAGACUUUGAACAUGAAAAUAAAUGUCGUUAUGUUCGAGUUACUGGUUGUAAAAAGUUGCCAGAUGGAAAAAAAUUAUCAUAUUAUUAUUGUAAUCGAUCUACAUAUUUUACUAGUAAAUCUAAAGGUGUUAGAAAACGAAAUACUCCUUUAAAAGUUAAAGGUCUUUGUACAGCAUCAAUGAAAGAAACUCAAAAUAGCAAUGGGUCCAUAAAUUUAUUGUUAUGUGCAACACAUUAUGGUCAUAAUAUUUCAUCAGAACACAUGCGUAUGUCUAAGCGUGAACGAGAAGAAAUUACUGAACUUAUUCAAAGAGGAGAUCAUCCUGAUUUUGUUAUAAAUGCUGCACGAGCCAAAGCUUCUGAUUCAUUAAAUCGUAUACAUUUGUUAAAUAGAAAAGAUAUUAAAAACAUUGAACGAAAAUUAGGUAUUAAACAUCCAGAAUAUAUUAAACAACGUACAAUCAAUGAUCUCAAUACUGAUAGGUGGAUUUUAAAGUUAUUACGGACUCCAGAUAAUCCAAUUAUAUUUUAUAAACCAAAUAAUGUAGAAUACAUUGGCUUUGAACAAAGUGAUUUAAUACUAAUAUUUAUGACUCGAAAUCAACACUAUUGGAUCAAUAAAUUUGGAAGUGAUGGGAUAUUUAUGGUGACUGAGAUGAAGAUGAUACAAGCUGGGCUUUAUUUGACUGUAUUAUAUGUUUGUGAUGAAUUCAAUGGAAUGUUACCUGUAUGCUUUAUGAUAUGUAAUGAUAGUAAAAUUUAUCAAACUUUUUUUUUAAACACAAUUUUAAGUAAAGUUGGAACUGUUUAUGCUAAAGCUUUAAUCACUGAUGAUAAUUAUGAUUUAUAUGAAAGUUGGUGUUCCAUUAUGUCACCUGUUAUACAUGUGAUUAAUCAAAGGUAUAUUGAUAAUCAAAUUAUUGAUAAACUUCAGAGUGAAGUUGAUGAUCAAAAUUUACAACAUGAAAUCUAUGACAAAAUAUGUUCUUUUUUUAUUGAACCUGGGAAAAGUAUUAAAGAAGAAAUUAUAAACUAUAAUGAAAAUUUUUUAAAUAGUAAGGAUGCUACAAAGCAAUUUGGAAUAUACUUUGAUCAAAUGUUUACAAAAAGAGCUUAUAUGUGGGCCUUUUGUUACUUAAAGGAAUCGCUUAACUUAAAUCAAAUGAUUGAUAUUGAUACAAUCUAUAAUAGAAUAUUAGUACUUUGUGAGAAUAAAAAACAUUUCACUUCAAAUUUAUCUAAAAAUAUGCAUGUAUUUUUUACAGCACUUUUAGAUAUACAAAAAAUAAGAAAAGCCAGAAUUGAAGAAACUAAUAUAAUGAUAAUAAAUAAUCAUAAAAAUGCAUUUUGUUAUAAUUCAACUCAUAUAUUUCCAGUAUCUAGAAAUGCCUGGAAAAUUAAAUUAGAAGAUGGAACUGAUACUAACUUUGUUACUGUUAUUCGAAAAUGUUGCAAAAUAACAGACUGUACUGUUAAGUGUGAAGGAUGUUAUGAUAUUUGUGCCCAUAUGUUUGAAUGUUCAUGCAGCAAUGGUAAAGUAAAUAUAUGCGAACAUGUUCAUAUGUUAGGAAUAUUUAAUAAGCGAACAGAAAAUGAAUUUAAUGAAGAGAUUCAGAAAGAAGAAUCAGAAAUUAAUGAUUUAAAAACUAAUAUUAUGUUAAAGUUAAAAAGCGUUAUCAACAAUAUUAACUUUAUCAAUAAUGAGGACACACUUAGGAGAAUAAAUGUUUCUUUAGGAAGAGUGCAAAAUAGCAUAACUAAAAUAAAAUGCACCAAAGACUGGUAUUAUGAAGAUGAUGAUUAAAGUAUUAUUUUAGUAUCUUGCUAUACUUUAUGUUGUAAUUAAUAUUUAUG